UAUCGGUCUUUAGAUGUAUAUGACCACAGUGGUGGCGGUCCCUCCGGAGCUUCCUGUCCUCUUUAUUAUUGUUGUUGUUGUUGUUGUUAUAAUAAUCAGUCUCUACAUAUAUGACCACACUGGUGGCGGUCCUCUUUAUUAUUGUUGUUGUUGUUAUAAUAAUCAGUCUCUACAUAUAUGACCACACUGGUGGCGGUCCUCUUUAUUAUUGUUGUUGUUGUUAUAAUAAUCAGUCUCUACAUAUAUGACCACACUGGUGGCGGUCCCUCCGGAGCUUCCUGUCCUCCGGCUCUCUCUGCUGCCAUCUUGCCGUCGCCGCUGGACUCUGCUCGGCUGCAGCUCCAGCCUCCAGUCGGGACGGAGCUCCGCGGAGUGAAGCAGCACAACCGGCAGCUCUCUUUUCGGCUCCUUCGCGCAGUGUUUUCUUUCUUUUUUCUUUCCGGCGUCGCGGGGCGGAAGCUGGAAGCUCCGGAGCUGCUCUUUCCCCCCUCACAGCGUCACGUCUCCGGCGAAGAGCUCCGAGCAAGGACCGGAGGAUGAACCCGCCGUGUGCCCGCUGUGGGAAGAUCGUCUACCCGACGGAGAAAGUCAGCUGCCUGGACAAGAACUGGCACAAAGGAUGCUUCCACUGCGAGGUUUGCAAGAUGACCCUGAACAUGAAGAACUACAAAGGCUACGACAAGAAGCCCUACUGCAACGCACAUUACCCGAAGACGUCGUUCACCAUCGUGGCCGACACUCCUGAGAACCUGAGACUGAGGCAGCAGAGCGAGCUGCAGAGCCAGGUGAAGUACAAGAAGGACUUUGAGGAGAGCAAAGGUCGAGGGUUCAGCAUCGUCUCCGACACUCCGGAGAUGCAAAGACUCAGAAAGACUCAGGAGCAGAUCAGCAACGUACGUAGACCAGGACAUGUGACGUGAAGUAUGAAAGUGAUGUAUGUGAGGGUGCACUUUGGUCAGCGAGCACACACACAAACAAACACACAAACACAAACAAACGCACACAAACACACCAUAUGUCUGCUUCAUGGAGCCUCCAGCGUUGAUGACCACGGCGCUUUGAAGAGGAGCAGCUUCUCCAUCCAUGAGUGUAAGUGACCAACACUUUUUAUUUAUUUGAGGCAAAGCAGGUAAUCUGAUUACAAAGGAUGCUCAUUUUAGAAGGAAAACAGAGAGAAGAAAUGUUUUUCUCAUUUCACUGAGCAAUAAAACCUGACAAGUCUCUAGACAAGUAAAUAAUGAAAAAGAUGGAGGUCAAGAUCCCCUUAACCCUCCUGUUGUUUUCAUUUACGGGCACCAAAAAUAUUGUUUCCUUGUCUAAAAAAAUCCAAAAAUUCAGCAAAAAAAAAUCCACAAAUUUCUGAAAAUUUGCAAAAUCUUCAGGAAGAAAAUUCCAAUAAUUCCUUAAAACUUUCAUUUUUUAAAAAAAUCCCCCAAAU